AUGCCUGGUGCAAAUGUUCUGAGUUUUAGGCCGCUCGGGGGGCCUGUACUCGGUGUAUCGAACAGGCUUCCGUUGCGGAAUGGACAUACUAUUCCCCAGUGCGGUUUCGGAACCUACCGAAUGACUCCUGCAGAGGCGGGGUCUGCCGUUGAAUACGCCGUAGUUUGUGGGUUUCGACACGUGGACUGUGCCAAGGCGUACUGCAACCAGGCCGCAGUUGGAGAGGCACUGCAGCGUGUGAUAUCGACUGGGAAAGUGAGACGUGAAGAUUUGUUUUUGACGUCGAAGCUUUGGCCCACCGAUCAGCACCCAAAUCACGUAGAGAAGGCGUGUCGAGAGACGUUAGCAGAGCUUCGGGUGGACUACCUUGACUUAUACCUCAUUCACUGGCCCUUGGCGUGGCGCCACUCCUCACAUUUCUUGACGGACGACGAUAAAUACCCCAAAGACGCCAGCGGAUUUCCUGCAGUGGACGACGAUGUCAAGCUUAUUGAUACGUGGAAAGCCAUGUCUGAUCUUGUUGAUAAAAAAUUGGUGCGCGCGAUUGGGCCUUCUAAUUGUAACGAGAAACACAUCAACGAAGUCAUGAGUGACGAGCGUCUUUAUGCACCGGUUAUAAAUCAAAUUGAACUUCACCCGGCGUUAGUGCAGCGUGAUCUUAUUAACUUGCACAAGGCGCACCAUAUGGUGACUGCCGCCUACAGUCCGCUGGGGAUGCCCUCACGCUUUACGCCCCCAGAUUAUAAAGGUUUGCUCACAGAUGCAGCACUACAACCCCUCUCUGAGUAUUCUGGCUUCAGUGUGGCUCGUGUGCUCCUCAACUGGAGCCUUGACAUGCACAAUGUCGUGAUUGUGCGCUCCACCAAGAAGGAACACAUCCGGUCAAAUGCGAAGGCCGCGCUUUUUGCGCUUUCGGACUCCGUACGGAUGAUCCUGGACCGCUUCCAGGAGCGUGUGGGGACAAUUCGGACAAUCAACCCGGCAAACUUCACCCGUAGCGGAAGGAGUUUCUUUGAGUGA